ACGUUUUAUCUUAAUCAUUUCUCACGUCAUCUUUAGACAUUACGCAACUGUUCUUGAUUCAAGAUUCAACUGAUAAAAUAUUCAAGGAUUAUCGACACAUGUAUAUAAUAAGCUUUUAUCUCCAGUACUAUAACUUGCCGUUUAUCACAAAAAGUCAAGCAACAUAUCAAAACAUGUUUCAUUAUUAGCUUCUGAUUUCAGUAGUUAUAAGUAUGAUAAAUUCAAUAUUAUAAUAAGUGUUAUAAGUUAUUUUUCAAGAUUCUAUGCUGAGCGCUUGUAUUUUUGUCUCACGACUACUUUUGACUCACAACAGAAACACAACUUAUAAAUACUAAUAAUCUACUACGAUAAGUAGUGAGUCAACAGUCAUUUCCGAGAGCACGUAGUGAGAAGCGAAUACGUAGUGAGAAAAAUUUACUUCGUUACAAAUUAACUGUGCAUAGUAACAAAAAGAACUGAAAAGAAACGAGAUUUAAAAUUGAACCUGAUUAUAACAGCCACAUUAUCACAAAAAUGUUUGUUACUAUAUUAUUAUUAUUAUUAUUAUUAUUACUUAUUCUUAUUGUGGCGUAUCAUUAUUAUGUGCAAUAUCGACGGUUAAUCAAUAAAAUACCAGGCUAUACAGGGAUCUCAUCUAUUAUGUGUAUAUUACUAAACCUAAUUUCACAAGAGGAGCUUUGGAAACUUUUCAAUAAUUAUACUGACAUGUUUUAUCCGGUUUGUAAAUUCAUAGAUUUCUUCUUUAUACUUAUUGUAUCUAUUCGUCAUCCCGAUGACUUACAGGUAAUAUUGAGCGGAACUAAACAUUUAGAAAAAAGUGCGUACUAUAAUAUAUUGCGUCCAUGGUUUGGUAUGAAUGUUCUUACCAAAAUAGGUUCUGCAUGGCAAUCACGGCGAAAAGUAUUAACUCCUGUAUUCCAUUUUAAUAUAUUACAGCAAUUUACUGAAAUUUUAAUCAAAGAGGGCAAAAGCAUGACAAAAUCUUUAAAGAAUACAGAAGGAAUUAUUACAAAAGAUUUAAUACCGUUUAUUAGCGAACAUACAUUGAAUGCAAUAUGUGAAACUGCCAUGGGGAUUUCUCUGCAAGAAAUGGGUUUAUUUCAGCAACAGUAUCUGAAAGCAAUUCAUCAAAUAAUUGAACUUUUAAAUUAUAGAUUAUUAAGACUGUGGCUGUUUAGCAAUUGGAUAUUCUCGUUAACGUCAAAAGGCAGAGAGCAAACAAAGAUCUUGAAGAUAUUUCACGGAUUUAUUGAGAAAAUUAUUGCAGAGAGAAAAGUUUACCAUAAACACCAUAAACAAUACUUCAGGAAUUUUAGCAAAGUGGCAAUUGAUGCAGAGACUAUUGAAAUGGAUAAAAAACCGCUCGCUAUGUUGGAUCUUUUAAUAUUGGCGUCUCAAGAGGGUCUUUUAACUGAUUCCGAUAUUAAAGAGGAAAUCAGUUAUUUUAUAAUUAAGGGUACUUUUACAGCAGUAGCUAUAUCCUAUACCUUAGGACUGCUGGCCGAAAAUAAAAAUAUCCAGGAUUGUGUCAGAAAAGAAAUUGAUGAUACUAUGCAAGAGAAUCAAGGAAAACUUACUAAAUCGUUGCAAGAUCUACAUUAUUUAGAGAGAUGUAUUAAAGAAGCGUUGCGUUUAUAUCCGACUUAUCCUUUGAUAGCACGAGUUACUUCGACAGAAGCACAAUUAAAAUCAUGUUUAUUACCUACCGGAACAAUAGUGCUGCUUAAUAUUUGCGGUGUUCACAGAGACUCUAACUUUUGGCCAAAUCCAGAAAUAUUUGACCCAGAUAGAUUUUUACCUGAGAAUAUCCAAAAUCGUCACCCUUACUCCUAUAUGCCAUUCAGUGCUGGACCACGUAAUUGCAUUGGUCUACAAUUUGCUAUGCUGGAGAUGAAAGCAAUAAUAGCUUCUCUAAUUCACAAUUUCUAUUUGGAACCCGUUGAUUACUUAAAGAAUCUACGAGUAGAAUUUGAUUUUUUCCAUUGCCCUCUUGAUCCGCAUCGCAUAAAUUUUAUUCCAAGACGCAUAUAAGCAUUUAAAAACAAUUUAAAUUCCAAGAAAUAAUUAAUAUAGAUAAUUAGUAUACGUGUGCACGU